CUGGACGGUGGCUGCGGAGGUUCAAACUACCUUUAGUACGGUAUACUCUAACGGGUAUUUCCCUUCGUUUUUCGGUAUUAUCCUGUCAAACCGAUAGUGAAGAAUUGUUUUGGGUGUCAUUUCGAUUUUCCUAACGAAUGGUUAUGGACAUGCCAGAGUCUGUGCACUAAGCACCUUAGAAAAGCGAGCUAUCCGAACAACGGAGGCGCACAACAAAGCGACAAGCUCAAUGAAUGGUGCAGCAUUCCCUUCCCCUACUGCAGAAAUGGCAGAAAUUAGCCGCAUUCAGUAUGAGAUUGAAUAUACAGAAGGUAUUAGCCAGCGUAUGAGGAUUCCAGAAAAACUGAAGGUGGCACCUACAGGAAGUGAAGAUCUCCAGAGUGGCAUGGAAGAGAAUCAUCCUUCAAGUGUUAUGAUGCAUGUACCUGAGAGGAUUGUAAUUGCAGGUGAUCAUGAGGAUUCAACAUAUUCCAGGCCUAGGGAUCUUGAUCUUAUUCAAUCAACGCCAUUAGAAUCCUUAGCUCUGAAGACACCACCCCGUGUUCUAACCCUCACUGAAAGACCUCUAGAUUUCAUGGACCUGGAGAGAAAUGUUGCUCAAAAUCCUCAAAAUGAAGAGGCUCGACCUUUGGGUCGGCUGCGGAGGGAACGCUCCAUGAGUGAAAAUGCUGUCCGUCAAAAUGGGCAGCUGGUCAAAAAUGACUCUGCUGCAACACCAUCACCUUCAACUCAGCCUCGUGUCUGUCCUCCUCUUUCUUCACCGGAAGAUGGGCGAAACCUUUACACAGCUCGUGGCGUUUUGUCUCUAAUCCAGUCUACCACCCGUAGGGCUUACCAGCAGGUCAUGGAUGUUUUGGAUGAAAAUCACAGAAGACCAAUCUUGCGUGGGGGUUCAACUUCUGCCACUUCCUCUAAUCUUGCGCACAGCUCCAGGUAUAAUCUGUCUGCUUGUGAUACUACACUGGAAGGAACUCCAGAUGACAUGACUAUGGUGGAUGCUACUUCUUUGCGGAGACAGAUUAUUAAACUGAAUCGUCGUUUGCAGCAUCUAGAAGAGGAGAACAAAGAACGUACCAAAAGAGAAAUGAUCAUGUAUUCAAUCACAGUGGCUUUCUGGCUGAUCAACAGCUGGAUAUGGUUCAGGCGCUAGUAGUUGUUUCAUGGAAUAUAAGCACUGGUACCAGAUUAGCUUAAAAGGCUUUUUUUUGUUUUGUUUUUUUUUUUUUUGUUUUGUUUAAAGUGUAAAUACCGGUAUCUACCAGAUAUUUUAGUUUCUGCACAUGGAUCACUCACUGAGGUUAUCUCAACAAAGCAAACUUUUGGGAUCAAAACAACAAGAAAGCAUUUAUUUUUAUUUAUUAAGACUUUAUUAUAUUACAUUUAAUUUUAUGUUUUGCAUGUUUUGAUGUAAAUAUUCAUAAAGUCAUUUACAAGUGGUUUUUAGUGGCAAAUAUGGUAUAUUUCUGUAUUUUGUUCCUUCAAAAACUUCAAAACUUAGAAAACAAAGUGAUUAAAGUCAAUAAAAUGCAGUGAACUUGAAUAAACUAUACAAAAAAAUUACAGUAUAGAAAAUAUUUGCAAUUUUUGCAUCUGCUGCUGUUCAUGAUGUGGUAACGGCUAUGAGUUGAUGUAUUCCUGAAUGCACUGAAUUUUUUGUUACUCAUUAAAAUGUUGUAUUGUGUUAUUCAGCCUCAAUUUCCAAUCGCAUUAAACAACUUAGUCAGCUGGAGCUAAAUCAUAAAGUUAUGAACACUU